GAUGUCAUAUCCGUUGUUCAGGUCUCCACACCUCUCAGCAAUUACUCUCUUUAUCCUUUUGAGUCAAAACUUUUGAGGUCUAACACAAGGGGAGAGGGUAGACCAGGGCGCACCAGGUGGAGGCGCUUCAGCACCUCGGCCAGCACCCGCGGCAGCCCGUCCCAGCCUUCUGAGCUCCAGGACUCCCCACUCUGAGAUGCCUGCGGAAUGAUCGCCCCCCAGGGCGGCUGCCUCUGCUGCCGCUGCUGCUACUGCUGCCGCCGCCUCAGCUUCUUUCCACUCUUCUCUGACUGGCAGGCAGAAAGUGCAACUGACGUGGGAAAGGUCUCCGCAGUGAGUGAAGUGGCUACAUAAAACAGAGUAAAGAGAGGCAAAAACCCACAGCAGAAUGCAGGCGAGGUCCAGCCUUCUCAACCUCCUUCUUCUGUCUUUACUUGCUGGAUUAGAUCCUUCCAAGACUCAGAUUAGCCCCAAAGAAGGGUGGCAAGUGUACAGCUCAGCCCAGGACCCUGACGGGCGAUGCAUUUGUACUGUGGUUGCUCCAGAACAAAACCUGUGUUCCAGAGAUGCCAAAAGCAGGCAGCUCCGCCAGCUGCUGGAAAAGGUACAGAAUAUGUCCCAGUCUAUAGAAGUCUUAAACUUGAGGACUCAGAGAGAUUUUCAGUAUGUCUUAAAAAUGGAAACCCAAAUGAAAGGGCUGAAGGCCAAGUUUCGGCAGAUUGAAGAUGACCGGAAAACGCUAAUGACCAAGCAUUUUCAAGAGUUGAAAGAGAAAAUGGAUGAGCUACUGCCCCUGAUCCCAGUGUUGGAGCAGUAUAAGACCGAUGCAAAGCUCAUCACACAGUUCAAGGAGGAAAUUCGAAACCUGUCUUCAGUCCUCACUGGGAUUCAGGAGGAAAUUGGUGCCUAUGACUAUGAAGAACUGCAUCAACGGGUCCUUAGCUUAGAAACCAGGCUUCGCGACUGCAUGAAAAAGCUGACAUGUGGCAAAUUGAUGAAAAUCACAGGCCCCAUCACAGUCAAGACAUCUGGAACUCGAUUUGGUGCUUGGAUGACGGAUCCUUUAGCAUCUGAAAAGAAUAACAGAGUCUGGUAUAUGGAUAGUUAUACUAACAAUAAAAUAGUUCGUGAAUACAAGUCUAUUGCAGACUUUGUCAGUGGAGCUGAAUCAAGGACAUACAACCUCCCUUUCAAGUGGGCGGGAACUAACCACGUUGUCUACAAUGGUUCCCUCUAUUUUAACAAGUAUCAGAGUAAUAUCAUCAUCAAAUACAGCUUUGAUUUAGGGAGAGUGCUAGCCCAAAGAAGCCUGGAGUAUGCUGGUUUUCACAAUGUGUACCCCUACACGUGGGGAGGAUUCUCUGACAUUGACCUAAUGGCUGAUGAAAUUGGUCUGUGGGCUGUAUAUGCAACUAACCAGAAUGCAGGCAAUAUUGUCAUCAGCCAGCUUAAUCAAGAUACCUUGGAGGUGAUGAAGAGCUGGAGCACUGGCUAUCCCAAGAGAAGUGCAGGGGAAUCUUUCAUGAUCUGUGGGACUCUGUAUGUCACCAAUUCCCACCUAACAGGAGCCAAAGUGUAUUAUUCUUAUUCCACAAAAACUUCCACAUAUGAGUACACGGACAUCCCCUUCCAUAACCAAUACUUUCACAUAUCCAUGCUUGACUACAAUGCAAGAGAUAGAGCUCUUUAUGCCUGGAACAAUGGCCACCAGGUCCUGUUCAAUGUUACCCUGUUCCACAUCAUUAAGACUGAAGAUGACACAUAGACAAAUGUCAUUUUUUUCCUGUAUCUACCCUGUCAUUUAUGAUAAACUCUAUAGGACCUUGUCUGUGUUUAUCUUUUUUCUCCUUGAUUGGCUUGUCAUCAGUUCUCCAAAGCAAAGGAUUUUAUUGUAUAUUUGGAGUUUCAAAAAGUGUUUGUCUAAGUUAGUGUGUUGGAAACACAUCUUAAAUCCCAAAUUUGCAGGGCCUAUCAUGCCCGUGUCAUGCAAAGCACUAAAAAAAGAGUUUAAGUGGCUAGAGUCAUAGUUUUGCAAAAGAUUAAUGAUCUGCCUUGUAUUAGAAUCAGAUUAAUGGUGGCUUAAAUGCAUGAAUGUCUUCUCGUUUUAACUGUCAUUACUUUUACUGUCUCUUGCUCUAUAUCAAGAAAUAUUUUCAUAGAAAUUAAGGUAAAAGAAAAGCACCCCCCCAUUUAUUUCUACAAGAAGAUUUAAAGAUUUUAUUUAUAUGGGAAAUACUAUCAGUCACGUCACUCUUACCACAUUCUCUGAUGCGGUGCUGUGCACUCAUUUCUAAAUCUCUUGCUCACAUUUUCCUGACAAUACAUAUUUCUAUCAUUGUAGCCACUAUCAUACAAUUGUAUUCCUUCACUUCUGUGAAAGUCAAAUUUUUUAUAAAGUGUACUAAAAUUUAAUCACAGUACUUACUCAAGUCAGUUCUCAAGUCUGAUUGAGAAAGAACUUCUUGGCUUACCCCUUCUCCUAACCACUAUAAAAUUAAAAAUAAUAACAUCAGAUAUUCUAUAUACAACCUUUGUUUUAUCCCCCACUCUACCAUUGGCUCUGAAUUUGAACACCAAUCCAAUGUAGUGAUACCCUGUUUCUUGGAAGUAUUCAUAUAAUUGUCUGUAAAAUAUGUUGCUGUGUUAUGAAGACUCGAUUUGAUUCUAUUCAUUUAUCAUUAUUAGUAUUAGUACCAUACAUACAUAUUAGUAUUUUAACAUAUUUCAUAUACAACUUUCAAUAAUGUCAUUUCUUAUACAAUAUGAAGCACAUGAAGACUAUUAAGAAAAGGAAAUUUAUGCAAUGUUUUCUACAUUAAAAUUAUAAACCCUGGAGAGUUAUUGGCAUGCUUAUAUAAAAGGAAAUUAUGAAAAGAACUGGGAGUUAUAUUUUGUUUCAAAUGCAUAAAUAACCAAUUCAGAAAAUGAAAUGAGAAAUCAAUCCCCUGAUAACUUCCCUCACUGUGUGUGAAAAAUUAAAGAAACUAAAAGUCAAAACUUUGAUAAGAUUUGUGUUACUAAUUCCACAGAAGUUAUAAUUAACAAAUACUGAACAUGUCAAUGAGUUUAGAAGUAAUUUCCCUAUGUUAAAAGAAUUCCACUAAGGCAGCUUUAUGAAAAAUAAUAGAGAUAUAUUUUAAACGUUAAAAAAUAUAUUCUAAAAUGAAUACCAUAUAACUUAAAUUGCAAUUUUUGUCUCAUAUGUAUACCAUACUACAAUUUUAAAAAAAGCAGAUGAUAAUGCAGACACAGCACUCUAUAAAAAAGAUAUUGAUAUUUAGAGUAAUUCAUUUCAGGCUCUGCAAUUGAUGGGUCAUUCUCAACUAUCAUCCUGUCAAAGUGGAGAAAUCUAGUUACUUUAAUCUUGAAACUCAAGAUUGAAUGGAUAGUAUUUUGGGUUUUUUUUUUGUUUUGUUUUGGUAUUUUGUCAGCAAAAGUUAAGCAUGAUCUAAUGGAAACACUGCAUCUUUUUAUAAUGACAUCUCUUACCAAAAGUUCAUGUAAGCUCCAGUCUACAAGUGAGAAUUAGAAUAUUUAGGAGAUUCAUUUGUCAUAUUACACAUAUCACAAAAGCAGUUCAUACUUGAUAUAGCAAUUUGUAUAAGGUUAAAAAACAUCAUGUCAGUUUUAGAAAUGAAUAAAUUUUUAGGUAGACAGACUCUAAUAGGAACACUUGUUUUUAAGACAUGCUAUGUGGUACCACAGACAUUCAAAAUAUGAAUUAUCAUGGCUUUUUUGUGAGGUGUGCAUCUUGUACAGAGCCCUGUUGUUUUAUAUGUAUUGUUCCAUCACCCUAUCUAUUUAUAGCGUAUGUGCUGCUAGAGCAAGCUAAGAUUUUAUUGUCACUAGAAGUGGGAUAACAUGAGCUUUAAAAAUAUGACUUGCAUUAAACACUAACACUUUAUGAGCAUUUUCCUCAAUAAAUUAUGUUCAGUUUUGUGCCUGAAAUAAAUAAGAACUUAAUCACUGUUUCCUUUUUAAUUUCAAGCAAAUAAAGUAAUUUUAUGAAGAAAAUAAUGAGUAUUUUAAGAUCAUCCAUAGAAACUAAGCAGUACAGAAGUCUAAACUCAGAAAACCAUCAUUCUAAGUGAACUAUGUAACUGGCAUUUUCUAAAUUAACCAGAUCAUUAAAGUACUUCCAUGUCAUUCAAAUAGUA